UUUAAUAUUUAUAAAAAAAAAAUCGAACGAUAUCGAUAAAGAAGACACUGACAAUUUUGACAUAUAUUUAAAAACAUAACCAACAAAAAUAAAGUACAUAACCUUUCACGUGGUUAUAAUUGUUAUAAUAAUAACAAAAAUGGUUAAAACAGCUCUUUUCGAAGUAAUUUUAGGCACAUACGAAGAAUUUUUAAUCGGUUAUAAAUUUAACCCAAAAUCACAAGAAUUAGUUCAAAGUUUUGCGUCCCACACGCACUCGAGUAGUUUACGUUGUGUGAGUUUCUCAAAUCCUUACUUAGCAUCAGGAGGAGCGGAUGAUCGGAUAGUAAUUUAUGAUUUAAAAACAAGAAAAGAACAUUGUAUGUUAACACAUCAUAAUGCAACAGUAAAUUGUGUUAAAUUUACCCCUCAACACACUCACUUGAUGAGUGGUAGUGCUGAUGGGAUGUUAUCAAUUACAAGAGUAGGAAAUUGGCAAGUUGAAAAGGUGUGGGAAAAAGCACAUAAAGGAGCUGCAAUAAUCGAUAUUGCAAUUCAUUCAACAGGAAAGUUAGCUUUAACAUUAGGAGCCGAUGGUUCAAUAAGAACUUGGAAUUUAAUAAAAGGUCGACAAGCUUACGCAAUAAAUUUAAAUAGUAAAUAUAAACAAGCCAAGUUAAUGCAAAGUAUAAAUUGGUCCCCAAAUGGAGUUGAUUUUAUCUUAUGUGGAGGUAAUACAAGCGACAUUUGGAGUAUUGAAAGUGGUGGGAUAAAACAUAAUAUCGAACACAAAAAUAAAGUGACUCAUGCCUUAUUUUUUGAUGAAAACACUUUGUUAGUGGGAUUUGAAAAUGGCGAAUUAGCUAAAUUUAGUGCUGAAGGAGAUGAAAUUAAAGUUAUUCAAGCACAUAAUUCGCGAGUUAAAUCCUUAGAUACUCAAAAUGGAUAUAUUGUUACUUGUUCGAGUAAUGGGGAAAUUAAAAUUUUUGAUGUUGAUCUUGAUGAGAUUGUAAAAUGUUCAACUGGAUGUAGGCAUACUUGUUUGGUUAUUAUACCGGGUGAAAUUAAAGAUGAAGUUGAAACUGAAAAUGUUGAGGUUGUAAAAGAAGUAAAGGAAAAGAAAAUUAUAAAAAAAGCUAAAGUUGAAGUUGUUGUUGAGAAAGGUGUUGAAUUGGAAGAUAAUGAACCAAUAAAGAAGAAGAAAAAGGUUGGAUUUAGUACAGAUGGAGGAAAGAAACUUAAAAAGAAAAAGAAUUUAUAAUGUUAAAAUAAAAAAAUACAAACGAA